AUGAGUAAGAAAAAGAAGGUGGAUCGGUAUGCCAAUUUGGUGAGGUCGUACAAGGAUCUCAGUGUCCCAGGAAGUCUGGGAGGCGUGACGCAUUUUGCCAAAGCCCGAGGAUUACCCAUUGGACAGGUACGCAAGCGAUUGGAAGCCAGUUUGGGCUACAUGCUUCACAAGCCCAUGCGUCAUCGUUUUCGUACUGUACCGGUCAUGGUUUACGGUAUCGACGAACAAUGGGUGGCGGAUCUCAUUGAAGUGGGGAACAUUGGCAAAUCGAAUCGAGGGUACAGGUAUCUAUUGACGGUGGUGGAAGUGUUGUCAAAGUACGCUUGGGUGGAACCGGUCAAGUCAAAGACUGGCAAGGACAUGACGGCUGCCUUCGAGAAAAUUUUGAAACGCAGUGAGGGCAGGAUCCCUCGCAAGUUGCAAACCGACGAUGGCAAAGAAUUUUACAAGACCUUUCAAGUCUUGAUGACGCGAAAAGACAUUCGUCAUUUUUCCACCAGUGGUGAUACCAAAGCCAGUGUGAUCGAACGAUUCAAUCACACCUUGAAGAAACGCAUGUAUCGAUAUUUUACGGUCAAGAACACGUUCAGUUAUUUACCGGUCUUGAAGGAUUUGGUGUUGGGAUACAAUCGUUCCUAUCACCAUAGUACAAGAUGCUGCCCGAGAAAGUCAACCUGGAAAGGGUAUUUACCGGGUUGGACUGAAGAAGUGUUUGUGGUGGCUCGUGUUGUGCCGGGUGUGAUUCCUACCUAUAAGAUUAACGAGUGGGAUGGAACACCUCUGAGCGGUACAUUUUACACCCAGGAUUUGCAGAAAGUGACAGUGAAGGGCGACGAUCUAUUUCACAUGGAAAAGAUCAUUAAACGCAAAGGGGAUAAAGUCUUGGUUCGUUGGAAAGGUUGGCCAAACAAAUACGACACGUGGAUUGAGAAAGGGGCAUUGGUCAAGUCGAGAUGA